AUGAAUCCCGACCGCCUGCGCCCCCAGCACACCUCCUCCGGUCCCCCUAACCACAUUUCGCGCGGUCCAUGGCGUCUCCAGUCCCGUUCUUCCAGAACCCCGCUGGGGCGGAAAAUGGACGUUCCCAAGUCUAAUAUCUACCCUAACCGCUUGGCUCGCAAGUCUCGGCUCCUGUGUCGACCCCUGUUAUCGACGGCAGAGUCGCGCUCUGCCGUCGCCGUCCCUAGCCCGCUAUCGUUCCGGAUAAUCGCCGUCGAUACGCUUGUUUGUGAAGCGUGCAACUUGGACGAGUUGCCUCGGACAUCCUCCGAGAUCCUAGCAUUGCCGGAGAUGCGUUUCAACGCGUUUGUCGCGUCCCUCUAUGCCCAAGAGAUCCGGGGUGUCGCUAUGAUAACCAUUGACGAGGAAUUGGAUCUCCUUUCGACGUUCACGGCGGACGAUUCGGUUCUACUACCGCCAGCGAAAUCCCAGACGACGUGGGAUUCCCUCCGUACGAACCCGUAUUUCGACCUUCUCCCCGUGUUUGCGGACGUCUUCCCUGACGAAGUUCCUAGCCGUCUCCCUGUCGACAAAGGCAUACGACACGAGAUCGAUCUCCUGCCGGGCACGAAGUACUGUGUCACGUGGCAGUGGCCGCUUCCCCGCGAGUUCUUUGCGGCGCGUAAAGCCGCCGGACAUGGACGCGAAAGAAUUUCGCCGCACAGUAGCCCUACUUUCAGUAUCAAGAAGCCCAACGGCAAGUGGCGUAUUGUUCACGCCUUCAACAACCUGAACACCGCCACCAUCCCAGCUCAAACGCCAAUCCCCCGCAAGGGUGUCAUCAUUGAUGGCAUGGACCGUUCCAGCAUCUUAGCCGAUAGGCGCGGCCAUUCCAACAUGGAGCCGCAUAGUAUCCGCGUCCGGCGGCCCGGUCGUCAUCCGGGCUCCCCUUGGGUCCACAUACCAUGGACUGCGGCGCACAAGCCCCGCAAGAUGCUUCGACUCACGAGUCGCCUCUGCCGCCGCCCGUUUCACCGGCACCCCGCUCGGAGUCGGUCUCGACCCCAUCGCAAACCCGGCAGUGCUUGGCGCACGUUGGGCGACCGCAAGCCGCCAGUACUUGGUCCAAGACGGGCCAUCUAUAACAUGGAGAUCAGACGCAGCGACAAGAGCGUCAUUACCUCAAGAGCGCGCCGCAUUCGAACGCGGACUGUGAGCCGGGAGACUAUCUCGGCGGGCACCUGCCCAUUCGCUGCUCCAACCAAGGCGAAAUUAGUCCUUCCGUUCGCCAACAGCCCCAUGUUGUGCGGCAAUUGGCCCAGCCGCCGCUUCCCACUUCGCUCGCGUUUCAACAACACCAAGACGAACACAAUGAUGUAUUCAAACAUCGUUUGGUUUUGGUGCCGUACGACUCGCGGCGCGUCGUAG